UCAGGAAACGAGCCGAGCCGUGCCAGCAGUAGUUUAACACGGAGCCCGACCCGGUGUUUCCACACUGCGCUUUUCUUUUCUUUUUUUUUUUUACCUGAUGAUGGAAAAGCGCGCCUGCUAGAUAAAGCACCGAGGCGGACAAAGGGCGCCGUGUUUCAGGUGGGACUCGUCUGGAGAGCCGUGUGUUGAGGAGCGAGAGGGCGGACCUGUCAUGGGGGUCACGGCGUCUCCGUGCAGGUAAACUGCAGCAGGCAGCCCGGCUAGCCGCUCAGCUAGUCACGGAGCAGGAAGGUUAGCUUAGCACCGGGCGCUAACGUCACCAACUAACGGACAAGUUGGACGAACUGUUGCCAGUGACGACCUCUUAGCACUGGUGUGUUUUUACCCCGCGCGUUAUAAACUGUCCCUCCUAAAAGACCAUAAAUCGUCAUUUAUUUUUUAUUUUAUUGCCCUCAAGGAUAAACUCGCUGCUGCAAAGCUUGAUUGACAGCUUGUCACAACGGGUUUCCCAGAUGUGCAAGCAGCACGCAAAGUGCAGCUCGGCUCUAAGUUGAGCCGCAGGACUCGACCCUGAGCAGGACUCGACCCUGAGCAGGACCCUGACCAGGAAUGGCUCGCGGGCUGAAACAAACUCUCUGGUGGACUCUCAACUCAACCAAACUACAUCGGCACGCGAUGAAUUUCGUUUUGGCAGCGACUGAAGUCGACGCAGCAGCCGAGCUGACACGUUGCUAGCCCCGCUAACCGACCGACGUUGCCGAGGGAAGGGGGCGGGAUUGAAGCGGGCACGAACCCACCCACCAACGCACACACACACGCACGAGGAGUGUUUUUAAUUCAGCGAGCUAAGUGAUGAAGAGGACGGAAAAUAAAAACAAGAGGAAGCUCAUGGAGCACCAGGAGAGCAGGGGAGCGGAGAAAGAUGCGAAGGAGUUUGUGAUUCCACCUCCUCUCCUCUUCAGGAAGCUGAGUAACCCCGACCUGUCGCCCGCAGCCACCGCUGCUACGAAAUCCAAACUUCACCGACAGCUGAGCCAGGAUGAAAGCUGGGCCCGACGGAGCAGCAUGGCCAUGACCGGUAAGCAGUUGCUGCCUCUGUCCAGCAGUCUGCACACCGGGGUGAGCCAGCUGGCCUGGCAGGGGCCGCCUGGAGGGCCCGGGGCCACAGGGGGAAUGUCUGCUGGAGGAGGAGAGACCAACAACCUGGUCCGCAUGAGGAGCCAAUCCUUAGGGCAGUCUGCUCCGUCUCUCACCGGACUGAAGGAGCUGAGCCUUCCCAGGAGAGGCAGUUUAAUCUGGUCGCCGGCUCAGCUGCGUUGCCACGGCAACAGCAGCCUCCUCCAGCACCUGCUGUCCCCCACUUCCUUUCAUCCCUCCGUCGUUCAGCCCCCCAUCAUCACCCUCUUCCCCUUGUCCUCCUCUGCCUCCUCCCCCUCCCUCUGUUCCUCUGACGGCCCUCUGUCAGCCCCUGUUCACCAGCGAGGAAACCCCUUCCUCUGGAGCUGUCGGACGAGCAACAGGAAGAGCCUGAUUGUGACGUCCAGCACCUCCCCCACCCUGCCACGACCACACUCACCUCUGCAUGGACACACAGGUACCAGCCCACUGGACAGCCCUCGCAACUUCUCCCCCAGCGCAGCUGCACACUUCUCCUUUGUUCCUGCACGCAGUCACGGACACAGGGCUGACAGGACGGAUGGCAGACGCUGGUCUCUGGCCUCAUUGCCUUCCUCUGGCUAUGGCACCAACACUCCCAGUUCCACGGUCUCGUCCUCCUGUUCAUCUCAGGAGAAGCUGCACCAGCUGCCCUUCCAGCCCACGCCGGACGAGCUGCACUUCCUCACCAAGCACUUCAGCUCCGAGAGCAUCACAGACGAGGAGGGCCGCCGCUCCCCCGCCAUGAGACCGCGCUCCCGCAGCCUCAGCCCCGGGCGUUCGCCUAUCUCCUUCGACCAUGAGAUCGUGAUGAUGAACCAUGUGUACAAGGAGAGGUUUCCCAAGGCAACGGCUCAGAUGGAGGAGCGUCUGGCUGAGCUCCUCUGCUCCUCGGCCCCGGACAAGGUCUGCCCGCUGGCCGACGGGGUCCUGAGCUUCAUUCACCACCAGCUGAUAGAGCUGUCCAGAGACUGCCUGGUGAAAAGCAGGGAGGGCCUCAUCACCUCUCGCUACUUCUACGAGCUCCAGGAGAACCUGGAGAAGCUGCUGCAGGAUGCUCACGAGCGCUCCGAGAGUGUGGAGGUUACCUUCGUCACAAAGCUCAUCAGGAAGCUGAUGAUCAUCAUCGCCCGGCCAGCGCGCCUGCUGGAGUGUCUGGAGUUUGAUCCCGAGGAGUUCUACCAUUUGUUGGAAGCAGCAGAGGGCCAUGCCAAGGAGGGCCAAGGCAUCAAGUCCGACAUCCCCCGAUACAUCAUCAGCCAGCUGGGCCUCACCCGGGACCCCCUGGAGGAAAUGGCCCAGCUGAGCAGCUAUGACAGUGGGAACCCAGAAACUCCGGAGACUGAUGAUUCGGUGGACGGUCAAGGCACCCCGGUCCCAGCAGCUCCUCCACAGUCUAAAACCAAAGCACCUCGUGAGGAAGACUUUGAAAACAUCAAGCUCAUCAGUAACGGAGCCUACGGCACCGUGUUUCUGGUGCGUCACAAGGAGACCCGGCAGCGCUUCGCCAUGAAGAAGAUCAACAAGCAGAACCUGAUCCUGAGGAACCAGAUCCAGCAGGCCUUCGUGGAACGGGACAUCCUGACGUUUGCCGAGAACCCGUUCGUCGUCUCCAUGUUCUGUUCCUUCGAGACCAGGAGACACCUCUGCAUGGUGAUGGAGUACGUGGAGGGGGGAGACUGUGCCACGCUGCUGAAGAACAUCGGAGCUCUGCCGGUCGACAUGGCCCGGAUGUACUUUGCAGAGACCGUCCUCGCGUUGGAGUAUCUUCACAAUUAUGGCAUCGUACACCGAGACCUCAAACCUGACAAUCUUCUCAUCACCUCCAUGGGACACAUCAAGCUGACAGACUUCGGUCUCUCAAAGAUCGGUUUGAUGAGUUUGACCACCAACAUGUAUGAAGGACACAUCGAGAAAGACACCAGAGAGUUCCUCGAUAAACAAGUGUGUGGCACUCCAGAGUACAUCGCCCCAGAGGUGAUCCUGCGCCAGGGCUACGGGAAGCCGGUGGACUGGUGGGCCAUGGGAGUCAUCCUGUACGAGUUCCUGGUGGGCUGUGCUCCUUUCUUCGGAGACACACCCGAGGAGCUGUUUGGUCAGGUCAUCAGCGAUGAGAUCAUCUGGCCGGAAGAGGACGAAGCUCUGCCUCAAGAAGCUCAGGACCUAAUCUCCAAGCUGCUUAGACAAAAUCCUCUGGAGAGACUGGGCACAGGAAGUGCCUUUGAGGUGAAGCAUCACUCGUUCUUCACAGACCUGGACUGGAACAGCCUGCUGAGGCAGAAGGCCGAGUUCAUCCCCCAGCUGGAGUCUGAGGACGACACCAGCUACUUUGACACUCGUUCCGACCGGUACCACCAUGUAGAUUCAGAUGAAGAGGAUGAUACCAACGAUGAGGAACAUGUGGAGAUUCGACAGUUCUCCUCUUGCUCGCCUCGUUUCAGCAAGGUGUACAGCAGUAUGGAGCGCCUGUCUCUGCACGAGGAGAAGAGGACACCUCCUCCCACCAAACGCAGCCUCAGUGAGGAGGGAGGAGAUCGCAUCGACAGCCUGAGCGGACUCAAGUCCAGAGAUCGAUCUUGGCUGGUUGGAUCUCCAGAGAUCCUGCGGAAGCGUCUCUCUGUCUCGGAGUCGUCCCACACAGAGAGCGACUCCAGCCCACCGCUGACCGUCCGGAGACGCUGCUGUUCAGCCAUCAUUGAGAUGCCCCGCUUCGCCAUCUCCUCAGAGGAAGAGGGAGGUCAAGGUGCAGCUGGAAGCCGGAAGAGUCCCAGCCUGUUGGGUCUGAGUGCAGUGAGGGGCCCGCGGUGUGACGAGCUGCCCCUCGCCAUCCCAGAGAUCCCAGUGGAGAGAGAGCUGAAGCUGGAGGAGUCUCCCACCACACCAAGCUCCACCUGCAGUCAGCUGAGCAAGGCCACGCUCACAUCGGGUAGUUCAGGCGACGUGAGUGAACGUGGUCACAGAGGUAACGGCAGUAAUGGCUGUGCCAGUGCAGCCGCUAAAGGGGCAGCGGACAGCGACUCUCCGUCCACUCCGAGAGCCAUCAGCGACCUGGCGGCUCGCAGGGCUCGCCAUCGGCUGCUGUCUGGGGACGCAGACAAACACACAGCGGCGCCAAGCUCCCGACCGCUCAACAAGGUCAUCAAGUCGGCGUCUGCCACCACGCUGUCGCUGAUGAUCCCUGCAGACCACCACGGAGCCUCUCCAUUGGCCAGUCCGAUGUCGCCCCACUCACUGUCCUCCAAUCCGUCGUCGCGGGACUCCUCCCCGAGCCGCGACCUGUCCCCAGCAGUGAACAGCGUCAAGCCCGCCAUCGUGAUCCAGAGAGUGGGCAAGAAGUACGGCUUCACCCUGAGGGCCAUCCGAGUGUACAUGGGAGACUCUGACAUCUACACUGUACACCACAUGGUCUGGCAUGUGGAGGACAGCGGUCCGGCUCACGAUGCGGGGCUGAGGGAGGGAGACUUGAUCACCCAAGUCAACGGAGAGCCGGUUCACGGUCUGGUUCACACAGAGGUGGUGGAGCUCAUACUGAAGAGCGGUGGCAAAGUCUCCAUCUCGGCCACCCCGUUUGAGAACACAACCAUCAAGGUCGGCCCCGCCCGAAAGACGACCAACAAAUCCAAGAUGGCGAGACGAAACAAGAAGACCAAGACCAAGGAGGGACAGGACAGUAAGAAGAGGACGUCUCUGUUCAGGAAGAUCACCAAGCAGGCGUCUCUCCUGCACACCAGUCGCAGCUUGUCCUCUCUGAACCGCUCUCUCUCCUCUGGGGAGAGUGGCCCCGGCUCGCCCACGCACAAUCUGUCACCACGGAGCCCGACGCAGGGCUACAGGUCCACGCCAGACUCCGCCCACUCAGUUGGUGGAAACUCAUCUCAGAGCAGCUCUCCCAGCUCCAGCGUCCCAAACUCCCCGGCGAGCUCCGGCCACAUCAGGCCCAGCUCCCUGCACGGCCUCGCCCCGAAGCUCCAGCGCCAGUACCGCUCACCCCGACGCAAGUCCGCCGGCAACAUCCCCCUCUCCCCUCUGGCCCGCACACCUUCGCCCACCCCGCAGAGCUCCUCGCCACAGCGCUCACCCUCCCCUCUGCCCAGCCACGCUCUGGCACAGUGUGCGGUGGGUCAGUCGUUCCCCGUGAAGCUCCACUCCUCCCCUCCCCUGGUGAGGCAGAUAUCCAGGCCCAAGAGUGCAGAGCCGCCACGGUCUCCGCUCCUCAAGAGGGUGCAGUCCGCUGAGAAGCUGGCCUCCUCGCUCUCCAACCCCCCUUCGUCUCCCUCUGGGGUGGCAGCGGUGGGAGCGACUGUGGGGAGCCGCAAACACAGUCUGGACAUCUCUCAUUCUGAGUUUAAGAAGGAGAUUCUGCAGAGAGAACCGAGCCUACAGAGCCUUCAGGAGUCAGCCAGCGAGGGUCUGCUGUCCUCAGCAGGACGCAGCGUGGAGACGGGCAGCCUGCAGAAACACUCUUCCUCAUCCAGGAAGUUAGGCCGCCAGGAAGGGGACGGCUCCCUCGGCACGGUGUCUGGCUCGCUGGGCCUGGCCCCCGGGAAGAGCAAGUUGAAGGACAAACUGUCCGCCAUCCGGCAGGACAGAGCCGAUCGGAGGGAGUCGCUCCAGAAGCAAGACGCCAUCCACGAGGUCGAUUCAUCCGAGGACGAGACGGAUGAGGGCUCAGAGGACAGCCAGGACGGGCGCAGGGGGGCGACCUUCACCCCUCCCCCUCUGCUGAGGCCCACCACUGUGAGAACGGGCCCCGGGGGCACCCUACCCUCCCUCUGCCUCUUCCCCUGCACCCCUCAUGCCACCUUCACCCACACAGGGCCUACCCAGUUAGGCAGGCCCACUCCCUCGCACACCCUCCCCUCUCUUGCAGAAACGAAGCCUGAUCAGAGCACCCCCUCUCUGGGAGUAAAAGAUGCACGGUCUGCUUCGUCGACAGAAGACGGUGCAAAACAAGAGAGGAACGUUCUAGAACCGAGAGGGCUCACAAAACCUACGCAGGGCCCCCUUCCCUUCUCCACCCCAGGCAGUGCAUUCAUCUCAGUCAGCAAGGACACUUUCCUCAAGCCAACUCCUCCACAGGACUCAAAGAGUCUCGUGGGGAAGACUGCACCAUCAGAGGACCAAACCCUGGACAGCCCGAGAACCACAGUACCCUCUACAAUGAUCACCACAAAUACUCCCGAGUGCAGAACCAUCGUAAACGGCACAGACUCCAUAACUGCCACCGGUGCUCCAGACUGCCCAACUCCCGACAGCCAAGAGACGCCCCGCGCCUCCUGCUCCUCUCCUGGCAUCCCCAAGGAGAAGAAGGAGGCUGACAACCGGAGACUCUGUGCUGUGGCAGCUGCAAGUCUAAGUGUGUCACCCUCGUCCACUUCUGGAUCCAGCUCCAGUUCCAGCUCCCCAGUUCCGGCUUCUGAGAGUGCCGUGGAGAAGGUUGUGUCCCAGCUUGCGACAGGAGCUAAGAGCGUUCUGGGUCCCGUCAAACUGAGCACUGCCGCAGACAAGAGCCAGAAGUACCAGGAACCAUCCCUAGGUGGCCCCCCAACAGUCCCACCAACUGACCCCCUCUCAUUCCCCUUUAAACAGCCCCAAGCCCCUCAGUCCCUUCACCUUUUAGAGUCCCAAACAAGACCCUCACCAACCACUUCACUGAGGUCGACCAAACCCUUGACCCAGAAAGACUUUUCAGCCCUGCCGCCGUCAUCCCGCAAGGACGUCCCAGAGAGGCCCACAUCAGGGUCUGCAUGCAGGGAGAACGCCGCUACAGCAGCGUCCACACAGCGGCCCGCUCAGCCUCAGCCUGCCCUCAGCGCGCAGCCCAGCUCCUCUGCAGCAUCCGAUCCACAGCGCAAGAGGUCCGAACCUCAGACGACAACUGCCAACGCCGUGUCCGCCUCCGCGCAACCAGACAAAGCAACCACCAAGAAGACGUAGCAGCCACGCACAAAAAAAAUAAAUAAAAGUACCAGAACAAAAUGUACAGAUCACUGCACCUUAGUGUGCUCGCUCGAGGUCUCAGAACUCACACAAACUGCAUGUCUUGAAGAAAACAUAUUCGUAACUCGGCACUAAUCAGAGACUUUCAAGGCAGAGCAACGGCAUAGACGGAGACGCAGAGACGGGUGUGGUAAUCCUAGUUCCAUUCCAGCUGUUCUGUGCUCUACACGUUCAUGUGAGUUACUUUGGUGUCCUGACUAUGUGGUUCCUGCUCCUGGAGUUGGCGUUUUAUUUUUGUCUUUGUGCAAACAUGUUUGGGGCUAGAAAUAAAGAGCUCAGUGGUCCGUGCACACCCAGUAUAAAACGCAGACACCUUUCAUGCACCUUUCUCGCUCGCGAUCAUUCUCGCGCUGCCUCAUUACUUUUCACCUUGAUGUUCGACAGGGCCUCCACCCACGUUCCUCAAACAGACCCAUUGCCCAACAAUGUGGAAGAAGGUUGUAUCUCAGCAAUAAAGUGCAGCGUAUGUUUAGCAAUCUGUGUAAAAACGCAUUGCAGUGUUUUUAGGACUGAAUCUGCGCCGUCAAUGUACACUCGGCACCCAGCUAACUGGGCCAAAUUCAAUUCUCCUCUCCGCUGUAGUCCCUUGCUGAUCCGACGCUGCAGCAUUCCCUGAGCUCGGAUGAAUCUGAGGUUCAAACCUUAACUCGGAACGACUUUCCUCACCCUGCUGUACGUUGUGCAUUGUACCGCGACGCUGUACCUUCCCCUAGCUUUUUAAUGCUUUUUCCAAAAGCCCAGCUAUACAGCUCUACGGACUAGCACGGCUUUUACUGUAUCUUAUGCCAAUGAAUAUAUUAGUUUUUUCUAAAGUUAUUUUACUCAUCGGGUUUGUGCAACUUUCCCAGAUCUGAUUCAAUUCUUUCCAAAUGGAUUUUAAACAUUUGGAAUGCCUAGAAAGUAGGAACCUUUGACUUCAAUAUGUUGGCUAGGUUUCUACAGGGUUGGGUAGGUUUAGAUAACCGGAUCCCUUGCUCCCCCCUUGCUCUGUGUUGUAUUAGCAAAGCGCAUCGCUAACCGCCGCUAUCAUGCGUUCGAUUAAGGAUUUAAAAAACAUUAUAUAAGCUAAUUCAAUACUGGAUCAUAACCCAAACCCAGCAUCUAAGCAUGAGCACGAGUCUCUCUAGCUGUCUUCUCUUUCCCCUUCGCUGCAGAGUGAGCAGCCGGGCUUACCGGAUAGGUUUUAACUUCACGGGUCGCCUGCACCUCACCCCCAAAAGCUUCACCGACGUGCAGCUGAAGAACCCAAAACUGAACACGCUCAGACCGACGCUGUUUUUUUUAGAAACACUGUUUUGUUGGACCACUGCCUUUUUUAUUUCUAGCCCCCAUCAGCCUUCUGGGGGCUACAGUAGUUUUAUUUUUGUACCUGGACCAACUUGCUUUGUUUUUUUGCCUCUGAUCCUGUGAAGUCAUCAGACUUUACUUUGUGUGUGUGUGCGGGAGAGUGUUUGUUGUUAUGUGCACGGUUAUGUGUGUAUAUAUCUAUCUAUAUCUCUCUCUCUAUACAUGUAUAUUUAGAGAGAGAUAUAUAUAUAGAUAUAUGUAUAUACAUAUAAGAAUAUUUAAAGGUCUGUCGUGCAUCUGUUUUAUACCCUGUGUGUGUGUGUGUGUGUGUGUGUGUGUGUGUGUGUGUGUGUGUG